GGGGAGCUGAUAGAGGAAAACGGGUUUGGGGAAUAACAUUUUACGCUAAAAUUUAAUUUUUUUUUUCCAAAGUGGCGAUUUUCGCUUCAUUUGGGAGUCUUUUUGCACAACCGUUCAUCGUCUGCAGAAAAAUGGAUGUCAGCUUGAUCGCGGUUUUAGAAAAGACAGUUUCUCCAGUGACCGCCGAGCUAGAGGAAGCACAGCGCUUCUUGGAACAGUUGGCACAAACAAACUUGCCUGAGCUGUGUAAGCAGUUAGCAGAUGUACUGCGACAUGGAGGAAACAGCCCUGUGGCCCGAAUGCAGGCUGGGCUUCAGCUGAAAAACGCCCUCUACUCCAAAGAUCCGUCAAUAAGAGAACAGUACCAGCAGAGAUGGCUCCAGUUCCCAGUGGAAAUCAAAGAACAUAUCAAAACAUGUGUGUUGGAGACCCUUGGUACAGAGACAACGCGGCCCAGUUCCGCAGCACAGUGCGUGGCUUACAUCGCUUGUGCGGAGCUCCCGCAUGGCCUGUGGCUGGAGCUUGUCCCAGAGCUUACGUCCAUCGUCACAAAACCCAACAGCACAGAGAUGAUGAAAGAGGCCACCCUAGAGGCUAUUGGCUACAUCUGCCAGGAUAUACAAGACCCAGACAUCCUUCAGGCGCAGGCUAAUGCUAUCCUGACUGCAAUAGUGCAUGGAAUGAAGAAGGAAGAGCCAAGCAAUCAUGUUCGGCUGGCAGCCACAAAUGCGUUAUACAAUUCUCUGGAGUUUACAAAAGCAAACUUUGACAAGGAGACUGAGCGCCAUUUCAUAAUGCAGGUUGUUUGCGAAGCCACCCAGUCACAAGACACUAGGGUGAGUGUGGCGGCCCUCCAGUGCCUGGUCAGGAUCAUGUCAUUAUAUUAUCAGUAUAUGGAACACUAUAUGGGGCCAGCUCUGUUUGCGAUAACUAUGGAGUCCAUGAAGAGUGAUGUGGAUGAGAUUUCCCUGCAGGGAAUAGAGUUCUGGUCAAAUGUGUGUGAUGAGGAAGUUGAUCUGGCCAUAGAGGCCUCGGAGGCAGCAGAGUUAGGGAAACCCCCUGAACGGACCAGCAAAUUUUAUGUGAAGGGAGCACUGCAGUACUUGGUUCCACUUCUGCUUCAGACACUCACUAAACAGGAGGAGCUUGAUGAUGAUGAUGAAUGGAAUCCAUGUAAAGCAGCAGGUGUCUGCUUGAUGCUGAUUGCCAACUGCUGCGAAAAUGACGUCCUGCCACACGUGCUGCCAUUUGUCAAAGAGAACAUCAAGAAUGAAGACUGGAAGAUCAAAGACGCUGCUGUGAUGGCAUUUGGUUCCAUCCUGGAGGGCCCGGAUCCUGCCAGCCUCAAGCCUCUAGUUGUUCAGGCCAUGCCUAUGCUGAUAGACCUGCUGAAGGACCCCAGUGUAGUGGUGAGGGACACGGCUGCCUGGACUGUGGGGCGAGUCUGUGAGCUCGUCCCCGAGGCAGUGAUCAGCGACGAGAGCCUGACCUGUCUCAGUCCACUGUUACACGCCCUGGUGGAGGGACUAACAGCAGAACCUCGUGUCGCUUCUAAUGUCUGCUGGGCAUUCUCCAGUUUGGCAGAGGCAGCUUACGAGAAUGCUGAAACUCCUGAAGAUGGCUCAGAGCCAGAUACCUACUGUCUGUCUGAAUAUUUUGAAGCUAUUGUGCCAAAACUUCUAGAAACUACAGAAAGACCUGAUGGUAACCAACAUAAUCUUAGAAGUGCUGCCUAUGAAGCUGUGAUGGAAAUAGUGAAAAACAGUCCCAAGGACUGCUACAUGAUGGUACAGAAGACAACCAUGAUCAUUCUACAGAGGUUAGAGAGGGUGUUGAUGAUGGAGGGCCAGGUGUCUUCCUCAUCUGACAGAAUGCAGUACAAUGAUCUCCAGUCUCUGCUCUGUGCAACCCUACAAAGUGUCCUAAGAAAAGUGACUCCGGAGGACGCGCCCAAAAUCUCGGACCAAAUCAUGGCUGCCCUGUUGCAGAUGUUCCAGACGUCCACAGGAAAGGCAUGCGGUGUGCAGGAAGACGCUCUGUUAGCCGUCUCCACACUUACAGAAAUUUUAGGUGAAAACUUCAUAAAGUACAUGGAUGCUUUCAAACCCUACCUGGCAUUGGGUUUGAAGAAUUACCAGGAGCAUCAGGUGUGUCUGAUAGCAGUUGGUGUGACAGGAGAUAUCUGCCGGGCUCUAGGAAACAAAAUUCUGGUUUAUUGUGAUGAUAUAAUGAUGAUGCUGUUAGAAAAUUUAGGGAAUGAUAAAGUACACCGGUCUGUGAAGCCUCAGAUCCUGUCUGUGUUUGGGGAUAUAGCCCUGGCGAUCGGCAGCUGCUUCAAGAUUUACCUGGACGUUGUGAUGUCUGCUCUCCAACAGGCCUCUCAAGCACAAGUAGACAAGAGUGACUAUGAUAUGAUAGACUACUUGAAUGAACUGAGAGAAGGAUGUCUGGAAGCCUACACAGGGAUUGUGCAGGGUCUGAAAGGAGAUGACGAGAAAAAUAUACAGCCGGAUGUCCAACUGCUCCACCCCCAUGUCCCCCACAUGAUAUCCUUUAUAGAGCUGGUAGCACUGGAUGAAGACAGAAGUGACAAUGUAGUUGCAGCCUGCUGCGGGUUGAUAGGAGAUCUAGUGACUGCCUUCGGGGAUAACAUUUUGCCGUACAUGGAGAAGGCACCCGUGACAAACUUACUAACAGCUGGUCGGCGCUGUAAAUACAACAAAGCAAAAACGCUGGCCAACUGGGCAACAAAAGAGAUCAAGAGGUUGAAAAAUGCCUCCACUACAUCAUGAGAGCUCUAGAGGCUGGGAUACAGAUUUGUCCAGGUGUAGCAACUCUAAAACAAGGCCAAGAGGCCAGCCCAUGCUGACUCGGCUCCUGGUGAAUGCGUGUGAGAGAGAGAGCGAGAGAGAGUAUGAAAUGUCACUCACUUCUGACCAUACAGAUCAACAGGAAAAAAUCUAUCAAGCAGGCACCAGAGAACUCUGCAUCCAAGAACUCUUUUUUCCAAAGGAGCUCUGAAUUCAAGGGCAUGAACUCUGUUCACUAGAGAGCUCUGAAUUCAAGGGCGAGAACUCUGUUCAUUGUCUCUACUGAAGCCUGCAUCAUUUAUUGUAAGUUUAAAGUACAACCACAGCAUGAAGAAAACCAAGAGGCGUAACGCAGAGGACAAAAUGCUCAAAAGUUAGAGCAGUAUUAAAUUCACGGGAUGAUCUUUAGCUACAGGGGACAUCCUUCCAUGGACACCUGGUCAAAGCCUAUUGCCCUUCGAAAAAUCAAAGCUAUGCAAAUUAGGGUGUGGUUGUAGGCUUUUGUUACCAUGGAUACCCCCGUGCUAAUUCUCGUUGAAUUGGCCGGUGAAGAGUGCUGUUUGUGGUCUGAGUGGUUUAGUGCUGUGUUUGCAGCUGUAGUGCUAUUUUGUGAACCACUACUCCUGUGCGGUUGUAGUGUGUGAUUCGUGCCAUUGUUCUCUACCUAUAUGUACAUGUACGUCGCCCUUGUUUACAGGUAACCACCACAUUGUUUGUAACCCAGAUGAUGUGGUGUAGUGCCCCCGAAUACUAGUGCUCUUUGCCGCGUUCAAAACGGACGAUCCUGCGUCAAUGCCGGUGCUUUCAUAUUAAUGACAGUGUUUUCCUUUCCUGGAAUUUAUUUUUAAUACUGUUGUUGAAAGACUUGCAUGUGAAUUGGGUGUGACUUUUUCUGUGGUACGAUUUUUUUUUUCUUGUUUUUUUUGCUUUUUGUAGGACAUGUAUCUUACAUUGCUGGCGAAAAAAAAAAAAUAACUGAACUGUAUGGAGCCAUUUGUAUUAAGCUCUGUCAUUGCUGGUGCCUGCCAGGCAACUCUGUGAAUGCUACGACUGUGUGAUAGAAGUACUAAAGCAUGAAAAACCGCUGUCCUUGAAAGAGACAACUUAGUCUUGAAAAAAAAAAAAAAAAAA